AUAGAAUUGAUCCACUACGAGCAGUUUCAUUUUGUCUUGAGGAAGAGGAGAGAGAGAAAGAAGAGAAAGGAAACUAGGCAAAGUAAUACCGAAGAAGGAUAAGGAUGGGAAGAAGGAAGAUAGAGAUGAAGAGAAUCGAAGAUAAAAGUAAUCGUCAGGUUACAUUUUCUAAGCGCCGUUCUGGUCUUAUCAAGAAAGCUCGCGAACUCUCUGUUCUUUGUGAUGUUGAUGUCGCUCUUCUCGUUUUCUCCAAUCGCGGUCGGCUCUAUGAAUUCUUCAGCGGUGCUUCAUCUUCUUCCAGUUUGUCUCAGGUUCUUGAACGCUAUCAAGAUUCCAUUGCAGCCGAAGGCAAGGCUUUAAUAAAUGCUGAAGAAAGGAAGGAGAGCUCCAAUUUGAACUGUACAGAAAUCCAAACAUUUGGUGAGCUUGUGAAAACUGUUGGAAGAUGUCUCGAAAGCCCUGAUGUUGACAACCUUAGUAUAGAUGAUUUCGUGAAGAUGGAGAAACAACUAGCUGAUGCCCUUGUACAGACUCGUAACCGAAAGGUUCUUAUAAAGCAACGACGCACUAGGCAAGAAACAUGCUGCAAACAAGGAUACAGCAGGCCCAUCUGUCGCUGGAUCGAAACAAAAGUAUCAAAGUUCUCGCAUGAAGAAGAAAGAGUUCAAGCAAUUAUCUAGAUUUUGAUGAAAAAGAUGAUGUUCAAGACUGUGACAAACAAAUUUCUCCAAAAGGAACAUCAUCGAGAAAUCAAGCAAAGGAAGAGGAACAUGGAUACUACUGGGUAUAUGUAUAGUCCAUCAUGGGGAUCUUCGACAAUAAUGUAGAACAAAUCGAGAGAAAACGAGAUAUGUCCCUGCUUUUACAUGUGGAACACUUGGGCUUUCUUGGGGAUGAGUUGAUGCACGCAAUAAUACACAACAUGGUCGACACAUUGGCUUAGCUUAGAUGGUUGACAUGCUUGUUACAAAAUUGUGACACAGAUUGAUGGUCUUAGGAAUCAUUAUCGUCUUGCAUCACUUUUAGUCAAACCUUUUCAGCUUCUGGGGUGGUAUUCGCGGAGUCAUAGAUUGCAUAAUCAAACAUGUUUUAAGGUUCAUUAUCGUCUUGCAUCUCUUUAGUCGAAUCUUUUCAUCUUCUGAUGGUAUUUGUAGAGUCGUAGAUUGCAUAAUCAAACAUGAUUUACCGUAAAUCAUUGUUGUAUAUUUCACUAUUCUUACAGUAUGAUAUCAAAGUUCUAGAAACAAGCCUAAUUUCUAUGGAUUUUUGAUAGACUGUAUGGCAAGCAUCCUCAGCAGUCAUGUCCUAAGUAACUAGCAAUUGUAUCUACAUCUAUAACAAGUUACGUAUAUGCCACAUUUGAUAACCUAAUUUGAUAAACAAAAUAAGAAUUAGUAAGAUCUCAUACCACAUCAUCAGUUUUCUCUGUAUUGCAAAGACCGUCAAGCAUCUUAGCUAAGCAAAUUCUCACUUUUAUGAACAAAGUAAGAAUCCGCUUAGCUAAGAUCAAAGAAACUGAAGAAAAUUGGUAUAUAGUAUGAGAUCUUACUGAUUCUUAUUUUGUUUAUCAAAUUAGGUUAUCAAAUGUGGUAUUUGUUCUUGGCAUACACAUCUUGUAACUUGUUAUAGAUGUAUAUAUCAUGCUGGUUUCGAGUUGAAGUCGCUUGUCAUACAGUCCAUCAGAAAUCCAUUAAUAUUAGGCUUGUUUCUAGAACUUUCUUAUCAUACUAUAAAAAAAAAGUGAAAUAUGCAACAAUCAUUUACCUUAAAAAACGCUUGAUUAUGCGGUCUACGGCUCUUCAAAUACAUCAGAAGAUGAAAAGGUUCGACUUAAUAGAAAUGCAAGGCGAUAAUGAUUCCCAAGACCACCAAACUAUGCCACAAUCUUGUAACAAGCCUAUCAACCAUCUUAACUAAGCGGAUGUGUCGACUAUGUCAAGUAUUAUUGUGGGCACCAACCCGACCCCAAGAAAGCCCCAACAUAAAUCUCGUUUUCCUUCGAUGCGUUCUACAGUAUUGUCGAAGAAUCCCCUAAAGUUUACCGAUGAUGGACCAUACAUAUAUACCCAAUAGUACCCAUAUACCCCUUCCUUCGCUUGAUUUCUCGAUGAUGUUCGUUUAGAAAAAUUUGUUUGCGACAAUCAUGAGGAUCAUUUUUGUCAUCAGAAUUUUGAUAAUUGAUGGAACUAUUUCUUCUCCCCCCCUCUUCAUGCGAAAACUUUGAUAUUUUCGGUUUGAUCCAGCAACAGAUGGUCCUGCUGUAUCCUUGUUUGCAGCACGCUUUUGGAAAAAAUGUAUGGCCAAUCACAUAAUCCUUUCAAUUAGAUGCGCUUUCUAAAUUUAAGCACCUAAGUCAUCCCUCCAAUUUACCAGCAGCCGUCUCAGACAUCGUUUUAGCUUGUUUGUCCCAAUACACCAAAAUACAAGAAGUCUCUCUUGAAAUUGUUUAGCUGCUCUAACUUGCUUGUACCAGAACUCCAAACUCAACAUGUCCAUUCUGUAAUCGGUUAAGCUUGUUUAUCAUAGAACAUUGUUCGCCGACUGUUGUUUUCUAUUGUUCUUAUCAGACUCAGCUGAUGCUAGAAUCUCUGGUUACACUCCGUGAACAGG